AUGGGAAACAACAACUCCACUCCAGGCGGAUCCAACUCCAAAGGCUCCGGCUCGGCCGGGCCUGAUGGACCCCUCCAAUCUUACCCAUCGUUCAGCAGAUCUGACACCAAGGAAUCGUCCCGCUCGUUUCGAUCUCUAGGUUCAAAGAUUCGUGGUAGCAAGUCUGAUAGUCCCAGGAACUCACAGGUUCUAUCCAAUGGUGACACUGCGACUGAAACAAAGACUGAGGAACGACGGUCCAGUAGGCAUGGACGUUCAAGCUCUUCUCGACUGAGUCGCAGUGAGCUUCCUCCGCUUAACACCGCUGCGUCAGACAUGUCAGCGCCCGAAUCGGCCCUCGCAGAUUCGGCUAUUGGAGACGAUCAACCGCCUCCAUCUCCUGUUCAAGGAAACACCAAGGGCGGUGCCCACGAUGUGAGCGCUGCGCAAGCGUCGGGAGAGGUUGAUCAUGUUUCUGACCAACCUCCAUCUGUCAAUGCUGGAGCUACUGCGCACAUGCAAGCUCCAGGCCAGUCUAUUUUGGUGAAGCGAGAAAACACCAUCAAUCCAGUCAACAGCCCUUCUGCUGAGUCCAAGACAGAAGGAAACUCCAAUGUCGCCAUGUCUGAGAUUAAGGAUAUCGAUCUCGAUGACUUUAUUAAGCGACUCUUGGAUGCGGGUUAUGCUGGGAAGGUCACCAAGAGCGUCUGCCUCAAGAAUGCUGAGAUUGUGGCCAUCUGUCAGAGGGCUAGGGAAGUCUUGCUGUCACAGCCUGCUCUCUUGGAGUUGGAUGCCCCUGUAAAGGUCGUGGGUGAUGUCCACGGCCAAUAUACCGAUGUUAUCCGAAUGUUUGAGAUGUGUGGCUUCCCCCCCAACUCGAACUACCUCUUCCUCGGCGACUACGUCGAUCGAGGUAAGCAGUCUCUGGAAACUAUCCUGCUACUACUCUGCUAUAAGCUCAAGUUCCCCGAGAACUUUUUUCUCCUCCGCGGAAAUCACGAGUGCGCCAAUGUCACGCGAGUUUAUGGCUUCUACGAUGAAUGCAAGCGAAGGUGCAAUGUCAAAAUCUGGAAGACGUUUAUUGACUGCUUUAACACUCUACCUAUUGCUGCCAUUGUCGCGGGCAAGAUCUUCUGCGUUCACGGAGGACUUUCACCUGCGCUAGUUCACAUGGACGAUAUUCGAAACAUUGCUCGACCGACAGAUGUCCCUGAUUAUGGACUACUGAACGAUCUUCUUUGGUCUGACCCCGCAGACAUGGAACAAGACUGGGAAGCCAACGAGAGGGGUGUCAGUUAUUGCUUUGGCAAACGAGUCAUUACCGAAUUUUUGGCCGUGCAUGAUUUUGAUCUUAUUUGUCGUGCGCACAUGGUAGUUGAAGAUGGUUACGAAUUCUUCAAUGAUAGGGUUCUGGUAACAGUCUUUAGUGCCCCCAAUUACUGCGGUGAAUUCGAUAACUGGGGCGCUGUUAUGUCGGUGUCUGCGGAGUUGCUUUGUAGCUUCGAGCUUCUUAAGCCUCUUGAUUCGAGCGCUCUGAAGAGUCAUAUCAAGAAGAGCCGAAACAAGCGACAGCACAUGCUCAACAGUCCGCCCGCUAUGGUCCAACCUCAGAGUGUGUAA